AUGAACCCUCCAACAUUUUUAGAAGGAGCUGAUCCUGUAGUUAUUGAGAACUGGAUGCAGGAGAUUGAGAAAGUACUAGCGGUGCUCCACUGCACCAAUGAACAGAGGGUUCUUUAUGCCACGUACAAGUUGAUAGGCAAGGCCGAGAGAUGGUGGACAACUACAAAAUUAUUAAAGGAGCAGAGACCCAUACCAGUGGCUAUGACUUGGAGCCGGUUCAGAGAGGUAUUUUUUGACAGAUAUUUUUUUGCCACUGUCAGGAAGGCUAAGGUAGUAGAAUUUCUGAAUUUGACUCAGGGAAAUCGCACAGUUCAGCAAUAUGCGGUGAAGUUCAUAGAGUUGUCACGUUUUGCUCCUUACAUUGUACCAAAUGAGGCCAAGAAGGCAAGAAUGUUUGAAAGGGGAUUGAAGCAGAUCCUUAAACAAGUGGUAGUUCUAAAAGCGGAAGACUUAUCUGAACUUGUAGACAGUGCCACAGUAGCAGAGGAGAGCAUAUCGAAGGAUGCUAAAACACCGAGCUAG